AUGGCUCCUGGUCUUCCUGAUCUAUCCCAAUACCCAACUGGGAUCACGAUUCUACGAAUUUUUCAAGCCGUCCACAGUAUCAUCACUAUCGUGGUGACCUCCUUCACGAUCAAUGCUAUCGUUAUGCCAGGCAAUUGCUUGCUGAUUGCUACAAGCUCAGUGGCCGUUUUGUUCUCGUUAUGGAUGGCCUUCGCCCAUCUCUCUUUCAGCCGUCUGUACAACUUCUGGGCGGCUUUCAUCCUUGACACAUCCCUUACUGUGUUUUGGAUCAUCUCGAUGGCUGUCCUUGGAUCCCAGACUGCGGUUCUAUGGAUCCAUGGCCAAGACUAUUGUAAGGAGAACAAGUGUCCUGAUAAUUUGACAUCUAUCAGCACCUUUUAUGGAUACGUCUUUGCGACUUGUUUCGGCCUUGCUGCCAUUGGCUUUUUAUUCUCGUGUGCUGCACUCAUCUUCCACGGCGUAGUCAGUUGUCGCCAGCAUAGAUACAACAAGAUUGGCGUGAACAGGGACUCUGUACCGAUUGAUAUCGCUUCCAAACAUCCACCGGAGUCCACUGCGUACAACGUCUGA